AGGUAAAGUGCGUUACUUGACGUUUCUUUGCAAGGCAAAACACACUGCGACACAUAAACGAUUCUGAGUUCGAGCAUUACAUACCUUACAGCAACAUUUAGCAUGUCGGCAGCACACACCUUGAUGGACCGAUAGUGGUGCUUAUCACCUUCACGUGCACUUUGGUAUUGAUGCCAUGACGAGGAGGCCAGUCAUUGGUCAGCGUGAGGGCAUGCGAGGUGCGGGGCAGACUGGUACCAGGUAGUUGUGUUGAGGUCACCAGACUAACACCUCGAGCUGUCACUCAGGUGCCUGUGCGUCGCGUUCCGUGUUCCUCUUUGACUUCAGCUUUUUGAUACGUUGUGUCUUGUGUCUUCACAAUAACGAUUGUAAGGGUCCUGAAUUAAUUGUUGCGGUAAUCAAAUGCUAAGUUAUACGAUUUUUCAGUGUAUAUCGCCGAGGCGCGGCUGCACGGACGUCACUGAAAUAAAUGUUGUUCGUGGUGGUAGUGGUGGUGGUGGUGGCAUUGAUGGAUACACCAGCUCAUACCGCUGACCCAGCACAGUGGGCGGUGUUCAAGAUGACGGCCGGAGACGGGAACGGAGAUACUGACACCCGCCUCACUGUGUCCCUCAAGGAGAGUCUGUCCCCCGAGGCGCCUGCACCCCUCGCCUCCUUCACGCUGUGCAUGUGGUACUAUGCCACCGCCUUCCUAGACGCCAGCACGCUACUCAGCUACGCCACUUCCAAUCAAAUGGAUGAUGCCAUUCGCCUUAGACCAAAUCCAGACGAGUUCACAGUGACGUACAUGCAGGACAUCCACAGACUUUCAGAGUUCCCCUCGCUGGUGGUGCCUGAGCGGUGGCAGUCAAUUUGCUUCCUGGGGGACCCUGAGGGCUGGACUCUGUGGCUGGAAGAAAACGUGACCAGGUACGAGGCUGCCAUAGCACCACUUGCCGUGGAUGGAGUCAUUGUGUUGGGUCAGGAACAGGACAUCUUGGACGGAGGCUAUACAAAGGACCAGUCCUUCCAAGGCAAACUGACUGGCCUCACCCUCUGGCCUUUAGCCCUGUCCGCCGCACAGGUUCUGAACUGGCUUUCCUGCAUCCUGCCCGACGCUGUGCCGCUCCUCACCUGGGACGACAUCACGUGGACGGUGCACAACCAAACAGGAGACAUCACCGUACAUGAAGAAGGCCCCUGUGACGAGGGCGGAGCAGCAGCCAGAAAGUUUCUACUCUUCACCUCAAAAAUGGCAGCGAUAGAAGCUAAACAAUUUCUCAAUAUCAUUGGGUUUGAUAUAGCAGUCCCUCGAGACGACAAAGAAAUUGGAACAAUAUCAGAACUUGUAGAAGAAAACCAACAUCACUGUCCUUUGAAGGUGAAAGAUGGCUUUGGUGCCUGGAUGGGCCUCUUGUACAACAGCCAAUCUGAUGAAGGAUCAGACUUGGAGGGCCAAACAGUGGACUGGCUUGAUUUCAAGAAAAGGAUCAGAAAUAUUAGUCCUAACAGAAACGUCGUUCAGAGUUCAGGAGAUGACUGGUUCUUACUGAAAGGUGGAUUAGAAAUGUGCUUCGUGGGGACGCCCCGAGGACGAAGAGUGUUCCGCCUACGAGGACUGCCACCAAAACUCACCGAGGACGUGUCGCCGCUCGCCUUCUCCUUCGUGCUUGCACGCCACCCCGGCAACGGCGUUUACUUCCACGGCUUCAGGAAGCUACACAUCCAGAAGGUCGCCAACACCUCUCGCUGGUGUCUGAGCGGCGACGAGCUGCACGAGACGCUUUGUGUUAACUUGCAAAGCCUGCCGGUGGGGCGCCACGAGUGGAUGGCGGAGCAGCAGCAGCAGCAGCAGCAGCAGCAGCAGCAGCAGCAGCAGCAACAGCAGCAGCAGCAGCAACAGCAGCAGCAGCACUCCGGUGUGAUGAAGCUCUCCCUCAGCACCUGUGCUGACCACCAGUACACCUGCUCGGACGCUACCUGUGUGCAGCUGGCCAAAGUGUGCGACUUCGAGUUCGACUGUUUGGACCAGUCGGACGAGGUGGGGUGCACCACGGCGCUGCUGCCCCAAGGCUACCUGCACUCCUACCCUCCGUCGGUGCCGCUGCCCGUGCUGGCGGCCGUCACUGUCAAGCGGAUCAUUAACUUUGACCUGCUCAGCAUGACCUUCCAGGUCAACCUUGACCUCAAACUGUACUGGAUGGACUCAUGGAUUACUUUUUCUAACCUGGGGGAAGAUUACAAAAAAGUGACGACGGAGGAUGAUAAACAGGUUUGGCGGCCAGAGGUGAUCGUGCAAAACAGUCCGACGCCACCCUACACGGUGUCUGAACUGUCAGUCAAGAAGCAGGGCCGAGGUCGACCUACAGAAAGAGGAUACACGUUCCCUGGGGCAGAAAAUCACUUGGUUGAGACAAAGACAAUCAAGGCCACUGUGAACUGCGACUUCAGACUGCGUUGGUAUCCUUGGGAUGACCAACUCUGCUUCCUGACGCUCGUGGUGACCAAUGUCCGGGAGAGUGGCCUGCUGCUGAACGAGUCCUCGGGUGUCCUAAAUUGCCCGACCCUGCUGGAGGAGUACAAGGUGGAGUCCUGCACGCUGGGGAAGGAGGAGGCACCCACCAACACCAUCACCGUGUACCUGCAGUUGUCGCGGCGCUACGAGUACCACCUGUUCACCACCUUCCUGCCCACCUCGCUCCUUCUCAUCCUCGGGUACGGGACGCUGCUGUUGCCGGUGGAGUCCUUCAACGAGCGAGGCAUCAUGAGUCUUACCCUCCUGCUGGUGUUCAUCUCCCUCUACACGGAGACCAGCAACUCCCUCCCCAGCACCGCCUACCUCAAGCACAUCGACGUGUGGUUCGUGUUUAACCUCACUUAUCUGUCUGUCAUCAUCAGCGUCCACCUAGCGGCCUUCCACACCCCUACCUCCGCCACUCCACUCAUGCACGUGAAGCCCUGGAAGCCUGGAAGCAACGCCUGGAUGUCUGAAAUGACUAAUAAGGACAAAAAGGAACCAAUCUCGUCGGACAAGAUUCUCCGUGUGAGCAGGAAGGUUCUCGCGUUCGUUUUUGUCGUCUUCACACUCGUGUAUUCCGUUCUGUUGGUUGUGUGAGAUGACGAUGGUAGAUUUGCAGCCUGACAACGAAAUGAUACAGAAUGGUAGCUUUAACAUAUGAUUAAGUUCUUGUCUAGGUCAGUCGCUCCCAAAUACCUGACGAGUGCACACCUGUCCAUGCUUUAAAAUAAAUUAUCAAUGGGAACUCUUUAGAUCGUACUGUCAAACGUUUCGGUGCCUUAUAUAGAUCAUUUUUAGCAGGCUUUUGUGGAAGUUAUCGUAGUCUUCAAGAACAUUAUCAUAAUUCUAGAAGUUUCGUAUCAUUAACGUAAAAAUAAACAAACAAAAUAUUAUUCUUAAGGUCUUUGAAACUACUUCUAAUGAAAGCUCAAACCAUUUGUGAAUACGAGCUGAUUUGUGUUACUACUCUCAACCUGCCAGCUACUAAUGGACAUUCU